AUGAUACUGUCGAUGAAUGCUUGGAGCUCGAAGCUUUCUCAAGUGAAAUCACGCUGUGGCCUUUGCGGAGAGACCUUUUCCCUUUGGUCGGACCGCAAUGAUCAUCUCGCCGACCACUUUCGAAGAGGCAAAACCAUGAAAGAGUGGAAAGGGGAUCGAGGCUUUGAGCCUUCCAUUGCGAUGCUUGUCCAAAGCGCAAUGCCGCCCUAUCUCAUUGGCGCUGAGUCUUUAGAUCUAGAGCCUUUCAGCGCCUCGAAGGGCGUAAUGAAGAAGAUGCUCACGUAUCCGGACGCGAAGAGCCCUCCAAAUGUGUUUGAGCUGCUUACAGCCCGUCUUGGUGACUUUGUGACUGCCUCAAGAGCGAGCGGCGCUACCAUCAACUGCGAUAUCCUUCGACACCAGGCGCGGCUUAUUCUUUAUGGGGACGAUGAUCCAUUGAAUCAGACUCCUGCGGAUAAUGAUCAGUGGCUAACAUUGUUCAAGAUUGGGCAUGGAUUAGCUUCAGCACCAAGCCAACCACACGUAACAACCCUCGCAACAGGUGAACAUUCUACGCAUAACCCAAUCUCCAAGACAGCAACGCCUCUGUUACUAUGCGCCAACAACCUUACCAUUCCGCGUCGAAUGCCAGCACAAGGAAAAUCAGGAAGCGGAGACGAUGCCACUGAGCCUACGCUCCCAUGGUGGUGCCAGUCGCCUGAAUGCCUAGCAGAGCUUAUGCAAAUGAGCGAAGAAUUCGCAUUGACGACCCUGGGUGAAAUUGAGACUGGUAAUGGACUGGACGGUGGAUACUAA